UCAGAGAGGAAGUUCGCGUUAACGGUGGAUGGGUCAUACGAAGGAACCCAGACCCACACAUUGAGCUCCUGCAUCUGCCCGACCUCCCCGGCCAGGUUCCACUACAUCAAGUACAACCAGUCUACGCUCACCGUGGCUCUGCCACAGCGGAGGCAGCUCAUCAGGUCUACAUCAAGUCAAAAUGAAAGGGAUAUGAAUGAAUCUGUGACUCUACCUCUGAACUCGCUUCCUAUACAAGAGCCAAUAACAAUAGCAGAGGACAGGACAAUUGACUUGUACACAAAGGCAAGUGAAUGGACUCAGGGUCUGUGUUUCAGGCCAAGGAACCUCGACGCCCGUCUGGGGUUUGACCUGUGUGCUGAUGAACAAGAUUUCCUGAGAAACCGGAGGAAGGUGGUUGCCGCUGCACUGAAGAAUGUUCUUCAUCUGGAGGAAGAUCUGCAAGAGCAUGAGGUGCCUAUCGUGGCUGUGACCACAGCAGGAUGCGGGAUAAGAGCACUCACGGCCAUGUACGGCAGCAUUUUGGGUCUUCAAAAACUGCGUGUUCUGGAUUGCGUUUCAUACAUCAGUGGAUCGUCUGGCACAACAUGGACAAUGACAAAACUAUACGAAGAUGCUGAUUGGUCACGUAAGGAUCUUGGAGAAAUGAUUAUUGAAGCUCGGAAGCAAGCAGCCAAGUGCAAGAUGGGGGCUUUCUGCUUGAGAAGCCUGAGGAAUUAUUACAAAGAGUUGAGCCAAAGGACCCAAGCAGGACAUAAAACAUCUUUUAUUGAUCUGUGGGGUCUCAUGAUUGAAUCCAUGUUAAAUGAUGGGAAAUGCCACCAUAGACUUUCUGAUCAACGUCAGGCUGUGAAUCAGGGUCAGAACCCACUGCCCAUCUACCUUGCCCUCAAUGUCAAGGACAAAGUUGCCACCAAAGAUUUUAGAGAGUGGGUGGAGUUCACGCCAUACGAGGUGGGUUUCCUGAAGUACGGCGCCUUCAUUCGUGCGGAGGAUUUUGGCAGCGAGUUCUUCAUGGGUCGCCUGAUGAAGAAACUUCCCGAGUCCCGGAUCUGCUUCAUGCAAGGAAUGUGGAGUAGUAUCUUCUCCAAGAACCUCUUGGAUGCCUGGCAUGCAGCUGACAAUUCAGAGGACUUCUGGCACAGAUGGACCCAGGACGAAGUGACUGAAAUAGAGGAACGACCAGACUUGCCUGAGAAGCCGUACGAGAUGGCUACGUGCAUGUUCACUCCCAUGAGUGGCCUCACCACGACUCUCCGGGACAUUCUAACGGACCGCCCUGCUGUCUCCAAGUACCACAACUUCCUGAGGGGCUUCCAGAUGCACAAUGAGUACAUCCAGCAUCAGCACUUCACCAGAUGGAAAGACACUUUGCUAGACGCUUCUCCUAAUGACCUGAGAGGUGACUCGGAGCACCUGGAGUUGGUGGAUGCAGCUUUCUUCUUUGAAACCAGCUGCCCACCCCUUAUGAGACCAGAGCGGAAGGUGGAUGUCAUCAUACACUUAAAUUACACGGGCGGAUCACAGGCCUUGCCCCUGCAGCAGGCUUGCAGAUACUUCUCAGAGCAGGGAAUUCCAUUUCCCAGCAUUGGGCUGAAGGAUGACGAGAAGAACCUGAAAGAGUGCUACAUGUUUGAUGGUGCAGACACUCCAGGAGCUCCUCUGCUGCUUUUUUUUCCAUUAGUGAACGACACUUUCCAAAGAUACGUAGAACCUGGGAUGUUACGUAGCGCUGCUGAAAUGGAGCAGGGCAAGGUUGAUAUCUCCAGUUUCUGCUCGCCAUACUCAACGAGGGAGGUCUCGCUGAAAGCAGAAGAUUUCAACAAGCUCAUGAAGCUGACUAAUUACAACAUCAUGAACAAUGAGAACAUGAUUCUUCAGGCCUUGCGCACGGCUGUGGCACGGAAGAAACAACCUCUGAGCCAGGCAGCAUCACAAGCCCAGACCUCUGCUUGA